UGGGCUCCAGGAAAAGGUGUGAAAGGCAAAGAUCUAAAAGACUACUGGGAGGGUGAUUUGGGAGUGUCGUAUAUUCCUUGGAACAAGUUGAAGCAGGACAUAGACUUGGAAAUGUUAGAAGAGGGAGGAAUGAUUGAUGAGAAAACGAUGCCGACUUAGAUGCGACAGAAAAUCGAAGAGUUGAAUAAAAAGAAGACCAUCACCAUCACACCGCCAGAUAAACCACCAUAUUUUGGAGGGAACUUGAACAUGGGAGAUAUGAAAGUAGGCACAGCUUCAAUGGGUUCAAUUGAUACCAGUCAGCCACCUCCGAUGCCUGGCACCAAUCUGCUGCAACCGCAGCUUCUGCCUUUGGUAAACCCGUUCCAAUACAACAACAGACUAUUGGGUUUGAUGCCGAACAUGGCCAACAUGAACCUGCCGAUCGGAGUGCCCUCUCUCAAUAUGCCGCCACCCAUGAUGCCGAAUUUAGGGUUAGGCCUGAACUCGCCAUUCCAAGGUACUUUCUGGAUACAAUAUUGCUCACUCGGAAGUCUUUGACCCAUUGCGGUACAACCUGUAUUAUUAUAUACAGGGUGGCGCCUCU